AUGGACCACCAGAGCACCGACGACUGGCAGUAUGCCCAGGAUGCUACUGCCAUCCCUCAGAGUGUCGAUGCGAACGGGCAGCAGAAUGCCAACUUCACCCAAGAACCCUUCUUUGCAACCUUCCAACCUCAGACCCAACAUGGGGCUCCCUACCAGCUUUACAAUGCAAGCGAGGAGUCGUAUACCAAUGCCUACCACGAACCCAACCUGGCUGGUGGAGGAAUUCAGCAACACAACGGGCCAAAUGGUGGUGUACAGCAUCACAAUGGAACAGGUGGUGGCCUGCCUGCACAAGGCCACCCAUACUACCAGUCUGGAAGCCCCUACCAGUUUCAACCUCAUGGGGGCCAAGACAUGAACUUGCAGUACGGAGGCAGUCAACUUCCUGCGAACGCAGAGUACACAAGACAUAGCCAGCAGGGCAACUUUCCCUCGUUCUCGGCUCAACAGCACCCGCCCACCCGACCAUACCAAGGGGACUUCCCUGCGUCGGCGUGGGCAGAGCGCCCUGCAAGUACACCAGCAGCGUACGACCAACCACGCUUCAUAGACCCGGCUCAGGAUACAUCCUACCAACCAAUGGACAUCGAACAUCAUGGGUCUGGUCGACAGACGCCACAGCAGAUGCAGUACACGGCGCCUCCCCCUCAGAAUAGCUUGGUAUCGCAGCCAUCCUAUCCGUAUCUGUCUCCCAUGCAGUUCGUGGACGCUGGUGGACCUUCUCAAGUCCAGCAAUACCAUAGCCCGCAGACGUCAAGCUAUGCCGCUGCCAGGGCGCCACGGCAAUCGGCUUACAGUGCCCCGUUAGCUGUACAACCUGCUGGCGCUGCUGCUCAGCUCUCGCGACCGAGUUCCACCGGUGUUGCUGGCCAGGCGGAACCAUGGAAAGUGGUAUCACCAAAUGUCUUGACACCGACACAGCCUCGAAUUGUCCAGACUCUCCCAGGUCCGGACUAUGAGCCGCUGGAGGGAUGCACGAAUUUUUGGAUUAGCAAGAAACCUGUCAUCCCACAGAUACCCCCGAACACCAAGAAGGCGAGUGUGCUUGUCGCAAGUCAUAACUUAAGCGGGACGCCUCUUCUUCCCGGCAGGUUUUUACCCUGUGAGAUAGCACGUGAUCACCAGGAGCUGCAGACGAGAUUUCCGGAUGCACCUGAGUCUGAGAAGCAAUCGCUCCAAGCCGGAAUGGAUGCGUUGGAUAAGAAGAUGUUCAACCUGACUGGGACGAAAGUGCCUAAGGUGAAAGAGAAGGCAAAGAAGUCUGCGAGCUCGGGCGAUAGCAGUAGUGAUUCUGAGUCCGAAACAGACGAGACAAGCAAAUUGGCUGAACAGAUCAUGGCUGCUAAGCGACCUGUCGACCCCGUUGAGGCUGUCAGGUAUGACGUCGUUCGUAUCUUCCGGAAAGAUUACGAAGAAGUUGGCGCGAAGAAGGUUGGAAUCACAGUUGGCGCCUUUGGUGAAUAUGUGACCAAAUUGUGGAAUACCAUCAAGGACCUCAGGAAACGCCUCGAGUCCGCUCAAGAUAAGAUCGCGACGGACCAGCAAGACCAGCAAAUUUUGCAGGCAGCCCUUGCUCACCAUCAGGAGCAGCUUCGCACUGCUCUCCAGGCUGCCCUCGAAUUUGGCGAUACGCACACUCUCAGAAAUUUGGGAGGACACGACAAGAUUGUAGUCAGCCUCUUCAAUGGUCUACGACACCAGUUGAUGACCAAGAACUACAACAGUCCUUUGGCAAAGACGAUUCUCCAGCUCGCGUCACAGUUCACCCAUCUAGACACGACGUAUCUUACCGAGAAGCUAAAGCUUCACAAAGUGCGGGACAAGUUCUACAAUGAACUCGACGCUAAUGGGAAGAAGUGGAUGGACCAGAUCUUCAACAAUGCCAAACUGGAAACAGCCGAACAGAAACCGGCAAAGCCGCUGGAAGCUCUUGACAAGGCUAAACUCCCAAUUCCAGCGGUUCUCAAGGCUACAGCCUCAGCCAUCAAAACUCCAGGUACCACAGUGAAGCCUCAAGCGACCAAGUUGGAAGUACCCCAGAAGAAAGAGCUCGCUGCUGUCAAGAAGAUCCUGCCUACCGAUUAUUCCGGCUUGGGAUCAGCACGGAAAGUGAGCAGCACGGCUGCGAAACCUAAUGCUUUCGGAUCGCCUGCCAAAAGACCCAGAGACGAUGAUGUCGAAUUCCGCGCUCCCAAGAAAGUUGCUGUCGAAGGUGCCUCUGGAGUCCCAGUCACUACUAAGAUACCCUCGACUACUACUCCGACUGCCCAGAUCUCUCAGACUUCUACGACUCCCGCGACAGUCCGUGCUCGACCUUCUUCGUCCUUACUACUAGGCAAAGCGCGGGCACCUGCUAAGUCGCAGACCAAGAAACCUGAACCUCCGUCAUCCACAAGCUCUACGAUCAGUGGACUGCUCGCAGAGAUUGCCAAGCCUGCUGCAACGCCAAAACAAAAAGAAAUCACCAGAACUCCUGAGACCCCCGAGGAGAAGGCGCGUCGGCUACACAAAGAGAAGAGAAGACACCUACGUGUUAUGUGGAAGCCGGAUCACGAGCUGACCGAGAUUCGAAUCUUCGAGCAUGACCAAGCAGAGGAUGAGGGCCGAGCUACUAGUAUGGUGAAAGACGCCCGCGAUAAUCGGUCAGAGGGACAGAUGCUGAAGAUGCACCGAGGCGCCCAGGAAGAUGACGAGGAGGAAGAUGGCGGAAAGCCCAAGGAAGUCAAUAUACGCCCCUGGGUCGCAGCUUCCAAGACUGAUUUCUCCUCGGUCGAUCAGCAGCAGCGAGGCAAGGUCUUUGUCACCCGCGGAGGCCUCCGAGAGGUGCAGUCGGAGCAGAAGAAGAUCAUGGACGAGUACGAAAACCGCGAGCUGAUGGCCAUCUACACCACGCCUUCCGAGAUUCCGGACACGCCUCGAUCGCCCCCCAACAAGGCGACCGAGAGGUCCGUUGCCCCAAGAAUUGGACAACUGCCAUCCACCGACGCCAAAUUCGUGGAGACUCAUCGUCGCUGGGCUGAAGUCGGACAAUUUGGUACGACUAUCACGUCACGCAUGGCGCUCCAACGCCUUGGAAUCCAGGCACCCAGUGCAGACGGCCCUCACAUGAAAGGCCAUGGCCCCAUGGCCCCGCAGUCGUCUCACCUUCCGUCUCACGUUGCCAACAUGAGCAGCAUGAGCAACUCGAUGUCGCGGCAACCCAGCCAUGCUCCCCGCGUGAAGACCCAAGCCGAGAAUGAUGCGGAAGUCUUGGCCCUACUCACAUCCGCCAGGGUGAAGAACUGGGACGAUCCUGAUCCAUACGAUCCUGCCAAUCCCAAGACGAGGCGACGCCAUGACUAUGGCGACCCCAAGGUGCAGGCAGCUGCCGAUGCUAUCGAAGCCGUCGCUGCCCAGCUCGCCGGCAAACCGUUCCCUGCCACCGAGCCUCCCACCUGGAUGCAGUCAGAUCCGGACCGCGUCAAGGAAUGGCACACCGGACGAAACAACGACAUCGCUGCGAAGGCCAAGAAGGAAGCUAUCGAGCGGGCAGCGCGAUUGUCGGAAGCACAAGCGCGCAAAUCGCUGGAGAGUGCUCAGGCCAGUCAAGCUCCGGCCCAGCCCGGCAUCUACGCCCCGUAUCAGAUGCAGCACCUGCACCAAGCUUUGCCUCAACAUCAGCCGUACCAAGCUGCCCCGCAGGUCCCGGACCAGUAUGCUGCCAUUCUGCAACAGGUUCAGGCGCUUCAGGGCGCCCAGCCAGUCCAGAAUGCCGCCCCGGUCGCGCCUCAGUUGGCACCUCCGCAGCCGGCUAACAGCCUGCAAACCCUCCUGGCUGCUCUGGGGCAGGUAGGCCAGGCGCCUCAGGCAUCUCAGGCGCCGGCUCCGACGCCAGAUUACGGAAACUGGCAGCAGUGGGCGCCGUACCAGGCGAGCCAGGCACAGCAACCUCAUGGUGCACCGGCCCAGUCGCACGGUGCCCAGUCGUUCGGGAUCCAGUAUGACGGCACUUCCCACGAUGGCCAAGCCUAUGGAUCCCAUUUCCAGGGCUACCAAGCUCACCAGGCCCAGCCGCAAGGUGCUCAACACUCCCGCGAUAAUGACCGAGGCAACCGUAAGGACGUCCACCGUGGCAACAAAGAGCCUCUCAAGGGCAUUAACCGCUCCCUGAUCGGCACCAAACCCUGCUCGUUCUGGGCCAAGGGCCAGUGUGCCAAAGGCGACAGCUGCACCUUUCGACACGACCCGAACGAUUUGAAAUGA